AUGGAGAGUGAGAUAUUGACAAAUCAUGUAUGUUUGAGGAAUUGUGAGAAUGUCACUAUCAGCUAUGAAGACCUCAGAAUUUACAGAGCAAAUGUAGAUGAACCAAAAGAAACUGUUUGGGAUGACUCGGACUCUGUUGGCUACUUUCCUGAUCCUGAGGAAACAUCUACAGCAUCUACUUCACACUCUGAGACCUGGACGGACCAAAUGGUGAAGCUUCUUAUAUCCACAUAUAAAGAUAAUAAACAUAAAUUUGAUUCACCAAACUUCACCAAAAAGAAAGUUUGGGAAAAAAUUAGCAAGGAGUUGAAUAAAUUUGGGUAUAAUGAAAGUGGUCCAAAAUGCGAUGAAAAAUGGAGAAACUUGAAGAAAACUUAUGAUAAAGUCCAAAUGGAGAAGAAAAAGACUGGCAAUUCCAAAGUUGCCUGGAAAUUUUUUGAUGAUAUCCAGGAAAUAUUCUGGAGGGAUCCCCACUUUGUGCCAGUUGCAACAGCUUCCACUAGUGGUGUUCAAAUCAAAAGAAAAUUUACAGAAAGUGAAAAUACCAUAGUAACAAAAACUGAAAGUUCCCCAAGGAAGAAUUUCUCUCCUGGUGAGAAACCCAGAGGAAAAUCAUUCACUGCAAGUGAAAUUGAAGAGAGACGACAGAAAAGGCAUGAAGAAAAAAUGGAUCUCAAGAGAGAGAUGUUAGAAUGGUUCAGAGAUAACUAUAGUAAAGACAAGAAGGAUUAA